AUGAUCUCGACAAUGUUCACUUUAAUCUCUGGCGUCGGUGUGCUUCUAGUAGGACGUCUUGGAGACAUUUUUGGCCGCCGAUACUUCCUCAUUGGAGGCCAGCUACUCGGCCUUGUUGGAAGUUUAGUGUGCGCAACUGCCAAAAAUAUCCCGACUGUCAUCGUUGGCAGUUCACUAUGUGGCCUUUCAGCUGCCGUCCAACUAACUUUUACCUUUGUUAUUGCAGAAUUAGUUCCCAAUAGAGUCCGGCCGCUCGUCAAUGGUGGUAUCUUCAUCACGACCUUUCCCUUUGCUGCGUUUGGGGGCCUUAUUGCCCAGCUUUUCAUCACCAGGACGAAAAUGUCCUGGCGAUGGAACUAUUACUUGAACAUCAUCACUUGCGGUCUCUCUUUGAUACUGUUUAUAUUAUGCUACUUUCCACCUGGCUGGGAGGCUAAGCGGAAUUCCAAUAAGUUCGAUGAGCUAAAAAGCUUUGACUUCGUUGGACUUGCCCUCUAUGGGGCAGGUCUAGUUUUACUCCUGCUCGGACUCUCAUGGGGAGGGUCUUCCUAUUCAUGGAGCUCAGCUCACGUUAUAUGUGCUAUUGUUAUUGGCCUUGUGAUGCUUCUUCUCUUUGUUUCAUAUGAGUUCUUUAUGCCUCUCAAGCAACCCCUACUUCCAAUGUCUCUUCUCAAGCAACGCACAUACAGUGCCACUGUAUGUGCUGCUCUGGUUGGGAACAUGGUAUAUUUCUCGUUCAGCCUUUUGUGGCCCCAAGAAAUUUCUUCAAUAUUCGCAACAGACGGUAUCGAGGCCGGUUGGCUAUCUAUAUCUACUGGAACUGGUCUUAUAUUGGGGGAGAUCUUGGCCGGCUUCAUGAUGAAACCUCUUGGGAAUUCUAAACUUCAGCUUAUCAUCUCUACUGUGGUUAUAACGGCUUUUUCCGGGGCCAUGGCUGCUCUAAAUCCAUCCAGACUGGCUUGUGGAAUUGCGUUCACAGGGCUUGGCGGACUUGCAACAGGAUACUUAGAACUUAUAACGUUGAUCAUGUGUCCCUUAUAUUGCAAGCCUGAAGAUAUCGGUCUCGCAAGUGGGUUUCUUGGAUCAGCAAAGCAGGUUGCAGGCACUAUAGCGGCGGCUAUUUAUGUUGCAAUUCUCAAUAAUCGUGUCGUUGUCGUUUUGCCAGAAAAGAUCUCUUCGGCGGCUUUGGAAUCUGGUCUUCCCCAAAGUUCACUUAAUUCCCUUCUUGAGGCUACAUCCUCUGGCAAUGCCAUGGCGAUUGGAGCCGUUCCUGGAAUUACGGAUCAUAUUGUUCAAGCCGUUUUCACAGCAACCAGGAUUGCAUACGCUGAUUCAUUUAGUACUGUGUUUCUCGUCAGUAUCCUAUUUGGUGGCCUCGCAGUUAUUGCUACUUUGGCCUCUGCUUCUGUGGACGAUAAGCUUGAUAAUUCGGUCGCUGCAAAGUUGUCCUGCUCUUGGGAUAGCCACAAUGAGAUACUUACGGGUGAGCUUGAGUUGAAAUAA